GGUGUGUGGUUUUACUUUUCCACUGCGAGUUAAAUCAUUAACAUUCAAGCAGUCGUGAUUUUAAUUUGCUGUCAUCAACCAGAUUAAAUGCUCUCAGCCUACAGAAGCUAAGAGUUAAACCUGCGUCCCGCUCGGUAUGCGCAUGCAGCGGGUGAGCCCAGGCUGAAAAGCCUCGGGCUGCUUCCUCAUGACAUCACAUGGUUGCAGAAUGACUUGUUGAGCAGCCCUCUGUAAGACGGGACUUCCUAAAUGCAGAACACGCUUAACGCUUUGUUGAUAUGAAGAUUAGAGAAAGACUUUUGCGCUAACAAAGUCAAGAAAGAACCCUUUCCUAGUUUUGGAGCACAUUCACAGCUUGUCUCCAGGCUCAUCAUUCUGGUGCUGCUUUUUACCUUCAAGAUCAUGAGGUGAAUACCGUUUCCCCACACGUUGUGUCGUUGAAGAGUGCCGGGCAUGGAGGAGGAAGAAGUCAGGGUGAACGGCUGUGGACGGAGAGAGUCGGAGUGGGGUCACAUCGCCCUGCUGGAUAAGACCAAGGAGUUCUUUCAGACCUGCGACGUGGAGGGGAAAGGCUUCAUCACCCGCACUGAUAUGAGGAGGCUCCACAGAGAGCUGCCCCUAUCUGCUGAGGAGCUCGAGGAUGUGUUUGACUCCCUGGAUACGGACCGUGCCGGUUACCUCACGCUGGAGGCCUUUUCCUCCAGAUUCAGUCAGUUCCUGCACGGUCGGAGAAUCUCUGUCACGGAUGACCAAACUCAGGCCCCAGGGCCCGUCCUGAAGGCUAAGGAGGCUCUUUACCAGAGUCAGUGGGAAGCCAGGCUGUCGGGGGUAGAGGACGAGGAAGAGAGGCACUUCUGCAUGCUGCUGGAAAGUCUCGGAGCCAGCAAUGUGUUCGAGGAUCCAGGUGAGGUGCGCAACCUUUGGGCCCAGCUCAGGCGAGACGAGCCUCACCUUCUGUCCAACUUUGAGGAAUUUCUGGCCAGGGUAACAUACCAAAUCAAAGAGGCCCAUCAGGAAAAGAAGGAGAUGGAAAGUGCCUUACAGAGGAAGACAGCGACGCAUGACAGCGAGAUCCGCCACUUGUACGAAGAGAUGGAGGCGCAGAUCAAAAAUGAAAAAGAUCGACUUGUGCUGCAGGACUCGGAGCGCCUUCAGGUGCGCAGCCAGGAGCUGGAGCACCAGCUGUUCUCCAAGGAACGAGAGCUGGAGCAGCUCUUCCAGAAGCAGAAACGGUUAGAGCUCCAGUGCCACGAGCUGAACAGCGAGAGGCAGGAGAGCCACGUGGAGAAUGUCAAGCUGAAAACGACCAACGAGGAGCUGUCCAGAGCGCUGGAGAGCACCAGCCUGGAGCUCUCUCUGGCUCAGGAGCACCUGGCUCUGCUGCAGCAGCAGGCGGCCAGGCUCCAUCAGGAGAAAGAGAUGGAAAUGUACAGAAUAACCGAGGGCCUCCGGAGGGAGAAACGAUGCCUCAUGAAGCAGCUCGACCUCCUCAGAGAGGUGAACAAACACUUGAAGGAUGAGCGAGACAUAUUCUGCGCCGUUCCACAAACCUCACUCAGAAAAAAGCAGAAGCAGAUGGAGGGCCUUGCUGACUUAUUUGAUGACGAAAGUCAACCAGCAAAAAGAGACCCUCCGCUGGUGGAAGGGUCCUUCCAGUCUCUGGAGGCGUUGCCCGUAGAGCACCUUCAAAUCGUGUUUGUUGCUUCCUCCUCCAGUAGUGAAGACGACGCCCCCGCAGCUUCUACUGCCCGCACCGCUGUGCGUCGGCAGCGACCUGCUGCGAAGAAAGCCUCAACCUUGGCCAACGGCAACGUCAGCCCAGGCCCAGCCAGAGAACAAGGCGUGAAGCCAAAGCCCAGAAGGACGUCGGCUGAAACCGCCACCGGCAGGAAAGUGGUGGCGAAAACCAGAGAGAGCUCAAACAGAGGGGAGUCUGAGAGGAAGACGAGUGAAGAGGGAGAGGACGUGCUCGGUGAGCCGGCAGACGGCUGGCCGCUUCGCAGGGUCAUCUCGAUUGAGGAAGACCACCUGCCGCACCUUCUUCAAGGCGGACCCCAACCGUUACUGCACCAGCUCAGGGAGGAAGAAGAUGAUUAUGAAGAGGAAGCUCAUAGCGAGGCUGAGACUAGUGCUGUCACAAGUACUGAUCUCAGUACAACGCCUCUUGCGAGACACGUCACUGUUCCUACCGGAUCUUCUUCUAGUAAAAAAUCCCAAGUGAAGAAGACUCCAGCGUCUCCACGAUGCCAGCCUGUUGGGAGGGAGGCCAAACCAGUGAGUCUACUGCUCCAGUUUGUCUCAAACGAGUCACUACCAGUUUUAGUUUGCGAAACAAAUACGACUCAUUUUAUCAUCCCCCAGAAAGCAAAGGAAAGCGCAGUGUUUGCCCCGGAUCGUCUGUUUAAGGUCGUCCUGGUCGGGAACUCCAGCGUAGGCAAGACAUCCUUGCUGCGCUCCUUUUGUGAGGGCCGUUUCCACCCGUCCACAACGGCUACUGUGGGCAUCGACUACAGCGUGAAGACGUUAACGCUGGACAAUAUGCAAAUAGCAAUGCAGCUUUGGGACACUGCAGGACAGGAGAGGUUCCGCAGCAUGACCAAGCAGUUCUUUCGCAAGGCCGACGGCGUGGUGUUAAUGUAUGAUGUCACAGUGGCGGAGAGCUUCGCAGCUGUCAAACCCUGGCUUCUGAAUGUCCAGGAGGCAGCAGGUGAGGGCAUACCCAUUCUCCUGCUGGGCAACAAAAUGGACAUGACAAGAGAGAGGGAGGUGUCCUUUAAAGAUGCAGAGCAACUAGCGUCUGAAAACAAGGUGAUAUUCUUUGAGGUCAGCGCCUACACCGGCAAAAAUGUGACCGAGUCCCUGACUCACCUGGCCAGGAUUUUAAUGGAGCAGGAGGACACGGUAAGAGACACAACAGUCAGCCUCAGUGCUCAGCCCAUUAAGAAGAAAGCCUGCUGCAAGUGAAGACACCCAUCCUUGCAAAAACAAGGACAGAUUGAAUUUCUGACAGCAGCAAUUUACAGAGUCCUACAUCAGUUUCUGACAGUUGCACAAAAGCAAAAAAAAAAAGAAAAAAGUAAAUUAGAUGUUGAACUGCUGUAGAAACCUCACUUUAAAAGGGUUUCUUUCAAAAAACUAUUUUUAUUUCAGUGAACCCUCCACCCCCCAUAAAAAUAUAGGUGUGAAGAACUCUAUUUCUUGAAGAAAUUGGUGAAAAACUGAAGCUCCAAGAGUGUCUACCUUAAUGAAAAACAUGUGAAUAAUGCUUUUGUUAAUCACAACAGUGCAAUGUCUAAGAUUUAGAAAGUAUCUAAUUGUAAAUGAGUUGGUAAUAUGUGUGAUUUAAAAAAAAAAAAAAAAUCACUCUGAAAACCUUUAUUAAUGAUAGGUUGUCCAGGCAUGUUCUGUUUUUGAUGCAUCUUCUGCUGAAAAAAAAAUAAAUAAAAAGAAAUAGUGGGAGAAAACGGAAAGAGAAACCGCACACAUUUUAUUUUAUUUCACAUUUUAUUCAUCAUCACAUCCAACUUUGUGUCUUUUUCAAUUUUCGUAUGUCUUCCCACUUUUCAAAAGAAUGACCCAAGACAUAUUGCAUCAGUGUUUCUUUGCUGUCUUAGACGUUUUCCUGUGGGGUUUUUUUUUUUCUGAAGCCUAAACACAUUUUGUUCUGAGUUGGUGACAAAAAAAGAAAUAUGUGAAGCAGCAUUUUCUAUAUCUCUGGAAUUGAUGCCCAACGCCCGCAUCCCCAUCCCCCAUCCCCCACCCCACCGCCAACACUCACUCCAAAACCCAAAAACCACAAACAGGAAAUGACUCAUCUUACUUUCUAUGCAAAACAACAACAGAGCCUGUCUGUGAUGUCCCAUGCAAAUCCAGUCUCCUAGUUUACAAAUCACACCUAUGGUUAUGAUAUUUAAAAUUAAUUUUUUUUUUAAAAAAAGGUAAAAUGUUCUACACAGGCACUAAAUUCUGUAUUUGACUUUUUUUUUUCAGUUUUAGUUUUGCGUUCAGUUUGACAUUAUUAUUAUUUUUGACAAUGCAACAUCUCAUGUUAGUUUUUAAUUAACUAAAUAUAUGGUGACGUUGACUUGAGAAUAAUGGGGCCAAUAAGCAUAUAAUUUCCCAGUCAUCAUUACAAUCCAUUAAUCUUAAUUUAAACAUUUGCUUUGAGUUUAAAUUACUUGCUCUUAUUAUGAUCUGAAACCACAGAGGUGAUCGGUAAACCUAGAGACGGCUUUGCACGGCAAGAUUCUGUUAGAUUCUAAAAUCACGUUUGACGUUUCCAAUUUGCACACAGUAAAUAAUCAUUCCAAAGCUUUUUGUCUCAUGAAAAAAAAAAAAAAAAAA